GUCUCUCAUCUCUCUCUUGCGUUUUUCUCAGGCGAAUUGCCCCAGAUUCCUUUUUGCUAAGGCUUAAUCUCAGAAUAAUGAGGCCUGCCAAGGCUAAGGGGGGAGCUAGAGCCCUGAAACCUGUCGAUGAUGGGAGAGUUGGGAAACGAAAGGCUGCUGCUCCAGUUGAUAAGGGUAGCAAAGGAAAGGCCAAACAGACGAAGAAGGCCAAGAAAGACCCCAACAAGCCUAAGAGGCCACCCAGUGCCUUUUUUGUGUUCCUUGGUGAGUUCAGGAAAGAGUUCAAGAAAGAUAACCCCAAUGUGAAAGGGGUGGCAGCUGUUGGGAAAGCUGGAGGAGAAAAGUGGAGAUCCCUGACUGACGCUGAAAAAGCUCCAUAUGAAGCUCAGUCUGCAAAAGCGAAGACAGAGUAUGAAAAGCAGAUGAAAAUCUAUGACAAAAAGCAGGGUGCACCUGAUGAUGCUGAUGAAGAGUCAGAGAGGUCAAGAUCUGAAGUGCAUGAUGAAGACGAUGAGGCUAGUGGGGAGGAGGCUCAACCAAAAGCGGAGGAAGCAGAGGAGGAAGAGGUGGAUGAUGAGGAUGAAGGAGAGGAUGAUGGUGAAGAAGAGGAAGAUGACGAUUGAGAUCGUAACUCCUCUGGUUGGCAAAGUGGUUACUUUGUUUAGAGUAGAUUUUGGAUUUCGUAAACUAAGGUUGCAUGGUGUUUUUGGAAUCAGACUACAAUUAUUUCGAACUACUGUGUCCAUAUUAUAAUCACUUAAGCAGGAGCCUAAGUAGUAGCUUUCCUGUUAGUUCUUGUUAGUUUAUGUGAUAACGUUACUAAUCUUAUCCCCCAGUUUCAUACUUGAUUUGCAACCUAAAAUCUCCCCUUUUCCUUUUC